UGGGGGGGGCGGGAGGAAGCACCGUUACCUGCCUGUCCCCGGCGCCCUGCCGCAUCUCCUGCGCUCGGGGUCCCGCUAAUUACAAGGGCACGCGGCGCUAGCACCCGGCCCCGCUACCCAACAGGGAAGGCGGGGGCCCGGCGGCCAUUUUGCGGAGGCGGGGCUCCUCCUGUCGGGCGGGGCCGCCUCCCGUCGCGCCGGGUGCCGCCAUGGCGGACUGGGGGCGAGGACAGAAUGCGGUUGCCAUGGAGGAUAUGCUGGACGUGGAAAACAAGCGCAUGGCAGACAGUCUGGCCAGCAAAGUCACCAGGCUGAAGUCGCUGGCUCUGGAUAUUGAUAAAGAUGCUGAUGAACAAAACCGAUACCUGGAUGGCAUGGAUUCAGAUUUUAUGAGUGUGACUGGCUUGCUGACUGGCAGUGUGAAGCGUUUCACCACCAUGACACGGUCCGGGAGGGAGAACCGCAAGUUACUCUGCUUUGUUUCUAUAGGACUGGUUGUUGUUUUCUUCAUCUUCUACUAUCUUGUGUCCAAAGUGGGGACUUGAUCUUGGUUCUUGUGCAGCAGUUUUACUGAACUAAAAUUAUGUGAUUGACAGACUUGUUCAGCGCCUUUCUAGGUCUGCCGUGCUUCGGGAUCUUUGGGACUUCCCAACAGACAUUCCAAAUAACUUUUCACCAGCGUUUUGUCACUGUUCUGGCUGGUUUUGGAGAUAAAAUGAGUAUUCUAAUGAGAGCACAUCCACCAGGCAGCUCCAGACGAGGUCCCCAUGCCCACACAGUGGCAGUUGCUGGUCACAGAAUGACCCCCCGAAGCACAGGCAUCUGCCCUCAAAACCUCCAGCCCCAUAUGUUUCUGUACCAGCUCCUGGAGCUGGGCCCGUGCCUGCGCCAGCCUCCCUCUCCAUCCACCUGGUGCAGUACACCCCGAGCUCAAUACACCCCAACACCUCCAGCAGCAGCAUCACCUCCAUGUCCACUGAGAACUUGGCCAACAGUUCUUGACUGGUGCCAAGCAAUGGCUAAGACAUGUGUUCUUCUACCUGUACUUUAUGCUGCAGUUUCUGGGGGUGUCUCUGUGUCACCCAUGUGGUGGCAGAGGCCAACAGCUCCAGGAGGGCCUUCUGGCAGUCAGGGCAUCUGCAGCAGCAUGGUACUGAUCCUGUCCCUCUCAUGCAGCCUCUUUCUGGUGCAGUCCCAUAAGCUGUCCACCAGGAACGUGGCAUGCUCAUGGAGCUCGCUGCAGAGGAAGAAAUGUCACAACAGGCAUACGAACAGUUAGUUGUCACUGUCACGAUGAGGGUCCCACAGCCUGUGGCACAGUAACAGUCUGGUAGCAACGCAGUGAGUGCGAAACACCACCAAGUACACCUGGUGACAGUCUAUCAUAGCGCCUCCGGGAGAAUUCCUCAAUCAACAGCCCUGCAAACUCCACCCCCACCUCCACGUCCUUAUCCAGCACCAUGGCCAACAGGCAGCCUUUGGAACGCCCAGUGAACAGCUGCAUCUGAGCAGCCAUGUUCCACAGCACCUACAGAUCCUGCAGUGCCCGGAUGCAGUGUGGCUGCAACUCCACCUGCUUGUCCUACAGGGUCCACCCCAAGUACUCGAGGUGUCCAUCGGUGAGGAAUGAUGGUGGGAAGCGCUGCAUCUACGUCCUCAACUCCUCCAUGAGGCCACCGAGCAGAAAACCACUGUACAGGACACUGACUGCACCACAGGGCCACUGCCAUAACCAGGUCCCCUAAAGGGACCCGGAAGCAGCAUCAGGGCUGUAUCUGCAGGGACAGCAGGUACUUGGACAAGUGCUCCUGGAAGAGCUCCAUCAGCUACUGGAUGAUGUCGGUGUUGCCCAUCUCCCACAGCAUUGCUCUUUCACCAUCCCUUGGCAGCUGCAGGAGUGGAUGAUGAAGAUGAGCAGCUGCAGGAACACGGUGGUCUGGUUGUGCUUGUAGCCCCCAGCCACUCAGCCACCAUCUGGACAGCCACCUGCCCUGCAAUGACCACUACAUUCUAAAUGGAUUUCCACAUAUCACAUGGUUUUGAUGUUCAUGCCUUUAUCUCUUGCCUCGUUACUCAUGUCUUGCAGCCAAUUCUUAAGGGAUACUUUUGUCUUAUCUCCGUUACCAAUACUUGGCAAAUCUGACAAAUACAGACAUUUGUCAAUACAAGUUUAAUAAAUCAGCAGAGCUUUGGAAGCUGCAAAGUUUAGGGUGAUGAUUUAUAAACUUUGGAAUUAUGAAUGUGCAACUUAUUCCAUUGUAGCCACUAAGCUCUUAGACAUAAGGAAAAACUUCUUUCUCUCAGAGAGUGGUCAGGCACUGGAAUGGCUGCCGAGGGAGAUGGUGGAGUUGCUGUCUCUAGCAGUGUUCAGGAGGCAUCUAGAUGAAGAGCUACGAGAUCUGGUUUAGUGCUUGUGGUAGCAGUGGUAAUGGGAGGAGGGUUGGACUAAAUGAUCUUGUAGGUCCUUUCCAACCUUGUGAUUGUAUGAUUGUUGUGCUUGGUCUGAGUUUCCUGUUGAGUUGGAGACCUGUUAAUAUCCUUGGUGUCACAGUGUUGAAAUGAAUCUGUAGUUUUGAAAUGAAGUUAGCUUUAGAUAUUAACCCCGAUACUCUCUGAUGGUUUCAGUGAAGAGUUGCUGAGGAGCACAACUUUGACUGCUCGCUUGGUCUUCUUUAUCAUCCAUCUAGGUAAAGCUUUGAAUGGACUCAGCAGGAAGGGUUGGUCAAAGCCCACCAGCUGCCUUGAUUUGCACACACACAGUGCAAAAGAUUUUAAGAGGACAGAAGAGGAGGCUAAUUACAGCCUUGUUACAGUUAAUUUCAGGUAUUAAAGCACUUUGGAAAGUAUGGUUGAGGUCAAGUAAAACUUCUAAACCAUGCUGUUGGGGUGAUGCUGGAGAGGUUGAGGAAAGAUUCAAUCAGAAGGUUAAGGGAUUUAUUUAUUUAUUAACCUAGGAGGCAACCUAACAAACAACUAACUUGCUUUGCAGAUCCGUGUCUGCAGUCCUGGUGUCAGGCAUGUGGCAAAGCACACCCCAACCAGUUUGGUUUACAAAACAGGUGUUCCCCACAAACGUGCAACGCAGUGUAGUAGCUGGAAAAUAAAAGUUCCUUUCCCCUUUCUGUCUUUGCAUUGGGCUGAUCAGCAUCUCACUUGCAUUACACCCUAGCUGUGUUCUUUCAUAGCUGAAUUAUUCAAGGGUGCCUCUAAUUCCAGUAAGAGAUUUGUGACUUUAAAAACACCAUGUCUGUUUGGGAAAAGACAAAAAACAAAAAGCUCUUUCUUACACCAGACAAAUCUCCACUGCAGAAGCCUCCUGCUCUGACUCUACAAAGCAGCUGUACAAAGGCACUGUGUUUUAUCUUGUCUGUUCUCUGUACCAAAUACUUGUAUGUUCUGGUUUUCCCUGCUCCAAGUCUCUGCUUAUUUGGCUUUCUUGUCCUCCAGUAACCUCUGCAGAACUGACACGUUCCCCCUCCUGUUUCAGUCUUCCUCCUCUCUAACAAGCCUACAUUCAUCAAUGGCUGCAAGUUUCCUUUGGCUUUGGACUAAUCCAGGUCCAGACAGAAAUAGACAGUGUUGUCCUUUGUUCAACUAUGCCAAAACACUAAGUCCUACUGUAGCUGGAUUAGGUGUCUUUUUUCCAAGUUUGAGAAAGGAUGUGCAGGGAAGGUGAGUAGAAAAGGAGGCAGCAAUGACUUCAUUUGGUUCUUACUAUUGCUUCCGUUAAAUGUGGCAGCUCCCAAUUCUUGUCCAUUCUGAAGCUGAUGACUUAUGAUGAAGUGCCACCAGAACAGCCUGAUCUUCACAGUGGUGGCAGUUUCAAUUUGCUUUAGCUGUUGUAAAUAAAGCACCGGUUUUAGACCAGUUU